GUUUAAAAAGUGAAUUUUGUUGAUAUCAAUAAUGUUGCAAGAUUUAAAACGAUAAAUUUUGAAGCAACAAUUUAAAUAUAAUAUAGAUAUAUAUCGUUAGAGCUCGUUAUGGGCACAUGAUCGAAGAAAGAGAAGAAAUAAUCUAAGAUUAUUAAAAAUUCCAACGAUCAAAAAAUAAACAACGCAAAAAGAAAGGUUAAAAUAUUUAUUGCAUUCAGUAUAUUUUUUCUAAGCAACAUGGACAAACAUAAAUCAGAUAUUCAUGGAAACCAAAGUCGAUACGUAGCAACGCCAGAAAUGAAAAGGAAAAAUUUACCAAAUUCCAUGUCUGUUAAUGUCUCGUCAUCUUCCGGACAAAAAGUUAAAAGUUAUGAUUUUAUACAGCCGCAAAAUCUCUUUCAGAAAAAGAAACCUAUGUCUAGACAUUCGAUGUUACCUUCUCAAAUAUUAUUAGAAUCAUCAAAGGAAGAAGAAGCAAGAACCAAAGAUAUGGAAUUGAAACUAUUGUACAACGAUUAUCUUCAAGUUGUUAUGUUAGAACACGUGACAAAAAAGAAAUCAGAAGACAUGAAAAAGACUAUUAUUAGACAGUUAGCUGAUAUCGCCAAAGAAUGUGCGCGCGAUGAAGAAAAGUUACUUAAAUUAAAAGCUAGAGAAAGAGAUAUAAUGCAUUUGAGUAUCGUUCAAACAGAGUUAGAUGUUCAAAUAGAAGAAAUAAAUGAAUACAUUAGAAGCGGUAAGAUAGAUUCUAUAAAAGGUAUUAUGUCUCAUUUGUGUUCGGUUUUGGAACCUUUGGAUCAACUUCGAUGUAAAAAUAUCAUUCUUCCUGAGAAAACGGAAGAAUGGAUAGAGUUAGAAGAAACUCUUAAAGAAUGUAAAAAUACUCUUCAACAUAUCAGAGAAUUGAUAAACAAUAAUUUACAAACGUAUCAAGCUGUAUACAAUGGAAUGAAAGAUUUUACUGCAACGUACAAUGAUAUAGAAACUUGUCAGGAAAAGUUGGACGAGGCACUCAGUCAUUUGCAAGUAAUCGUAUUGAAACACGGUUCUUUUUCUUUAAAAUAAUGUUAAGUUUUUUUUUUUUUUGAAGUAUAUGAUAUACAAGUGCUCUUAUUAUUUUUAAGAUACAUAUGAUAUUCGAUGAAAGUUAACAUUUUUUUUUUACGAUUUCUUUUUCUCUGUGAUCAUAAAGUACAUAUUACGAAGAAAAUGAAUAGGUAUUAUACAAAAUAAUUUUCUUUUAUUUUUAUACGAUAUCGAUAAUGUGAAUUUAUUAGAUAAAUGUCGCAAAUAUUUUGUAAUUUUGUAAUUAAACAAACAGUUAAAUUGUGUGUAUAGACACAAUAAAAUUUUCUUUUCGUAUCAUAUGUA